AUGAAAGAAGUUUGUGAAACAACUAAUAAUUAUAAGAAAUUGAGAAACGAAGUUUGCAUGAAUGAAUCGCGGUGGGAACAAGUAGCCAGUCUAAUAUUUUGUGCCAGUGGCACUAUUCUUUGCUAUCUUUGGUUUGGAAUCAUUCAAGAAUCAAUAAUAAAGGGUAAAUAUGGUUCCGAUGGUAAAGAGCGUUUCACAUACACACAAGCACUUGUAUUUGUACAAUGCGCUAUAAAUGCAAUGUUUGCUUAUAUUUUGAGAGGUAAAACGAGAGAUAGUGUUCCGAUGUGUACAUAUGCUGUUGCGUCCACUAGUUAUUUAUUUGCAAUGGUCACAAAUAAUCAUGCACUUCAGUAUAUACCGUAUCCAACACAGGUGUUGGGUAAAUCGUGUAAACCAAUACCGAUAAUGGUUUUCAGUUUUCUUUUCUCUAAUAAGCGAUAUCAUCUGAAGAAAUGUUGUUGUGUUUUGAUGAUUGUGUUGGGUGUUGGAUUAUUCCUGUAUAAGGAAAAAGCGGAUACAAUACAUGGAAAAUCUGUUUUUAAUUUAGGUUUUGGUGAGCUAUUACUGUUGCUGUCGUUGGCAAUGGAUGGCACCACAGGCGCAAUACAGGAUAGAAUCCGUCAGCGGCAUAAGGCAAAUGCUCAUGUCAUGAUGUAUUAUAUGAACUUAUUUUCUUCGUUGUAUCUUCUAUUCGGUGUGCUUCUAACUGGCGAAUUAUUUGAUUUCACGAUAUUUGUGCAAUCUUAUCCAAAAGUAAUAAUAAAGCUAUUUACCCUUGCUGCUGCAAGUGCUCUGGGGCAGUUCUUCAUUUUCAAAACUGUGACAGAGUUCAGUCCAUUGACUUGUUCGGUUAUAACAACAACACGUAAACUAUUCACAAUGCUCGGUUCAGUGAUCUUAUUUGGUAAUACUCUAACACAGAGGCAAUUUUUAGCCACCGGUAUUGUGUUUACUGGUCUACUGUUAGAUGCUAUUGCAAGUAGGAAGAAAGAGUCCACUAUGAAAUUUUCAAGCCUUAUCGGUACUGUUUACCGUAAUGGCAACGUUACAUUUUCAACUGAUGGUAAUUCAGUUAUCAGUCCAGUUGGUAAUAAAGUCACAGUAUUUGAUCUGAAAAACAACCAAGCAAAUACAAUUGCCAUCGAGUCAAACUUCAACAUUAAAUUGGUAACAGUCCAUCCAUCUGGAACACACGCUUUUUUGAUCAAUGAAGCUGGACAAGGUCAGUAUGUUAACUUGAUCACGCAAACUGUUCUGUAUCGACAUCAUUUUCGAGCUCAUGUUAGUGAUGUCAAGUUUUCGAUGAAUGGCAGGCGAUUGGCUGCUUGUCGAGGUGGCGAUGUACAGGUAUUUUUAGUUGCAGGGAUUGAAAAUUUUCAAUUAAAUCCAUUUAUGCUGCUAAAUACUCAUAAAAUCACUGCUGAAAAAACGAAAAAUGUGGAAUGGAGCUAUGAUGACAGACUUCUGGUAGUGGGUUCAGAAGACAAGCAAGUGCGAGUGGUUUCAGCUGUAGAUAGUUUGAAAAAUUUUUUUCUUCACGCUUUGGCCGCACAUAAAGCAGAAGUAGUCGGCAGUCAUUUUUGCCACAAUUCAUACGAUUUAAUAUCAGUUGACAAACGUGGAUUAGCUAAUCACUGGACUUGUGCUUUGAAACAAGAAGAUUUCGUUGAAGGAUUACGUUCCAAAAAUAGUAAUGAAGAUGUGAGGAAAAUGUGGUAUGAUAAAACGAAGAGACAUUUUAUGAUGGAACAUUUGGAUAAUGCACAUGGCGUCAAUCUCAUAACGAGUGCCUAUCAUCCAUUAACAUCGUUAUUGGUCACCGCAUUUUCAAACGGAGCAUUUCUUUUGCAUGAAAUGCCAAAUUUUAAUCUCAUUUAUAGUUUACGGGUGUCGGAAACAAAGGUGUCAUCCUUGGCUAUAAAUAAAUCGGGUGAUUGGAUAGCUAUAGCUUGUGGACAAGGAACCGAAGGUCAAUUAGUGGUUUGGGAGUGGCAAAGUGAAACUUACGUUAUGAAACAACAAUCACAUAGCCAGUCUAUCACAACAGUUGCUUAUUCACCCGAUGGAUCUCAAAUUGCUACCGGUGCUGAGGACGGAAAGGUGAAGGUUUGGUCUUGUCGGUCCUCGUUUUGUGUUGUAACAUUUACCGAACAUAGCAGUGGAGUGAGUGCAGUUUAUUGGACAUCCGAUGGCAAAGCUUUACUGUCAGCAUCGCUAGAUGGAACUGUACGAGCACAUGAUUUAGUUAGAUAUCGCAAUUUCCGUACCUUGGUUUGUCCUGAUAAGACACAGCUUGGUUGUCUAGCAGUUGAUUCGGCUGCCGAGCUUGUGAUGGCAAGUUCGAAAGAAAUGUUCGACAUUUAUGUAUGGAGUCUUGAGAACGGAAAAUUACUGGAUGUCUUAUCUGGACAUUCAGCUCCAGUUGCUUCUAUUUCUGUUCAUGGUACACAUUUGGCUUCGGCAUCUUGGGAUAAAACUCUUCGUAUAUGGAAUGUUGUUGAAUCAUCAAUAUCAGAAUCCAUUGAUUUACUUUACGAAGGUCUUGAUGUAGCUUAUUCUCCUGGCGGUGAAAUACUUGCUGUGUUAUGUCUUGAUUCGUCUGUGAGUCUUUUCGAGACUCAAACAUCGACAGAGCUUGGUACAAUAGAUACAGCUCUCGACGUCGAUGCUGCACGCAGAGCUACUGAUCUUAUUAAAAAGCAAACAAGUGAAAAGAGCAGAACUUUCACUUGCAUAUGUUUUUCCGCUGAUGGUACAUUACUUCUUGCUGCUGGCCAAUCGAAUUACAUAUGUUUAUAUAGCGUUGCGGAACGUCUUAUAGUAAAAAAAUUGAAAUUAACGACGAAUCGCAGUUUGGAUGGCGUUACCAUGGAUAUAAAUCGGCGAAAGUUCACGGAGUUCGGUAAUAUGAUGUUAAUUGAUGCUAGCGAUAGCGAAGAAGAAGCGGAUGGUAAGAAACGUAUAAAACUUCCAGGUACUCGACAUUCAGAUCUUUCGGAGCGCUGCUCUCGACCAGAAAUGCGUGUUGAAGACAUAAGUUUCUCACCUGCAGGUCGUAGUUUUGCAGUUUGUUCAACAGAAGGUGUUAUUGUGUUUUCGCUUGAUUGUCGUAAUCUUUUCAAUCCUUUUGAACUUGGAAUACACGUAACUCCGGUUAGUGUUGAAAAUGCAUUGAAGGAGGGAGAGUAUUCGGCAGCACUGAAAAUGGCAUUGCAGCUGAAUCAAACAGAAAUGAUCGAAAAUGUAUUACUAUGUACACCUGUAGCGCAGAUCGGUAUUACUACACGUUCAUUAUGUGUUGCUUAUGCGGAGAAAUUACUGAAAUGGCUCUCUGAAAACGUUAACGGUUCCGUUGAGAAGCAUAUCCAUUUUUGGCAGCUUUGGCUGAAAAGCUUGCUAAUGGAAUACGGAUAUCAAAUAAAGCUUAAUCGAGCUGUAAAUUUAACUUACCUAACCGCACUGCAACAACGUUUAUCCGAUUAUGCAAAUCAAAUAACAAAGCUGGUUGAUCAAAAUAGGUAUACAUUGGAUUAUCUUCUUGUGGCCAGGCAGAUAAAACGGGAUCAAUGA